AACUGUCUCUAACGUUUGGAGUUUGGUUUCCAGGUUGGUGUUUUGUCGGGGUCUGGGAGGGGCGGUUGCCGGAGGUGAAAUCGGCUGGACCAUGUCGGCCUUCGAGAAGCCUCAGAUCAUCGCCCAUAUCCAGAAGGGCCUCAACUACACGGUGUUUGACUGUAAGUGGGUGCCCUGCAGUGCCAAAUUUGUGACCAUGGGCAACUUCGCGCGGGGCACCGGCGUCAUUCAGCUGUACGAGAUCCAGCAAGGGGACCUGAAGCUGCUUCGAGAGAUUGAAAAGGCCAAACCCAUUAAAUGUGGAACAUUUGGUGCAGCAUCUUUACAGCAGCGAUAUUUAGCUACUGGAGAUUUUGAUGGAAACCUUCACAUAUGGAAUUUGGAAGCUCCAGAGACGCCAGUGUAUUCUGUAAAGGGCCAUAAAGAAAUUAUAAAUACCGUAGAUGGUAUAGGUGGGCUAGGAAUCGGAGAAGGAGCACCUGAAAUUGUGACUGGCAGCCGAGAUGGAACUGUGAAGGUGUGGGACCCAAGGCAAAAAGAUGAUCCUGUUGCUAACAUGGAACCUGUACAAGGAGAAAACAAGAGAGACUGUUGGACUGUGGCAUUUGGCAAUGCUUAUAAUCAAGAGGAACGUGUUGUUUGUGCUGGCUAUGACAAUGGGGAUAUCAAGCUGUUUGAUCUCAGAAAUAUGUCAUUGCGGUGGGAGACAAACAUAAAAAAUGGGGUGUGUAGCUUGGAAUUUGACAGAAAAGACAUAAGUAUGAAUAAGUUAGUAGCCACAUCUCUGGAAGGAAAGUUUCACGUUUUUGACAUGAGAACACAGCAUCCAACCAAAGGCUUUGCCUCUGUUUCAGAAAAGGCUCAUAAAUCUACUGUAUGGCAGGUCCGACACCUGCCGCAGAACAGAGAGCUCUUUCUGACAGCUGGAGGCGCCGGCAGCCUUCAUCUCUGGAAGUACGAGUACCCUGUUCAGCGGUCGAAGAAAGAUUCCGAGGGAGUGGAGAUGGGAGUUGCGGGUUCCGUCAGCCUUCUGCAGAAUGUUACGUUGUCUACCCAGCCCAUUUCAAGUUUGGACUGGAGUCCAGAUAAAAGGGGUCUCUGCCUCUGUAGUUCAUUUGACCAAACGGUAAGAGUACUGAUUGUUACAAAACUCCAUAAAAUUUGAUCUGAAGACUUUGGACUUGAAACCUUCCAGAGGAACACUCAUAGAACUUAAGAUAUGUUCUGAGAUCCUGUAACCUUCAUUGAACAAAGUUGGAUUUGGCUGAUGAAAAAAGGCCCCAGAUGCAAACCUGCAGGCUAGCUUCCAGCUUCUCCCAGGGUGUGUUCGCUGACCUGACUGGACGCUGGCUUGCUGCUAUGCGUGGACACCACUGUCUCCAGGGCAGGCUCUUGUCCUCUCCCUGCCAUUUCAAAUACAAAGUCAAUAAUUGCUUAUAUUUAAAUAUAUUUCAAAUUCAUUCUGCA